ACCUUUCAUUGUCCGUUUCGUUUUGAUGAGCAACUUCGUCCGGGCGGUUUUUCGUAGGGUUUCGGCCACUUAAACCUGUACGGCCGCAGGCUGAUGGUGCUGAAAACUGACCAGGUUGUUAUUGUUGUGUUUUCUGCCUCUUUUUAGUAGUUUUUCGCGAGCGUCGCAUCGUCCAUCGUCGUCGUCGUCGCCGCCGUGUCGUUGUGGUGCAGCUCAGAGUGAGCGUGAGCAUUGUACACAAGCAUGGAUGGCAAGUGAAGCUAUUUUAUUGGCGCAGCAGUUGCGAAGCGAUUUUUUCGCUGACUGGACGCGUGUUUUGCAAAAGGGCGAGAAUAUAGACCGUCGCAUCAGGGACCGCGAAUCGGGCGGGAACGAAAAAGGCGACGAACGGGAAGAAGGCAAAGAAGAAACCCGUAUGCGGCUGGCGCUGGCGGUUCGGACUAAUGUGCGACGGCUCGGUUUGUUGAAGGCGUGGGUGUGCGUUGGAAGUAAAUAAACCAACAAAAACAAUCGCGGCAAUUGUUGCACGUCGUCUCAUCGUCGCAUUUGGUGUGAAGAGUAUUGUGCUUUGGCUACGGCGUUGUGGUUCGGGGACGUAUGUAGCGCGCGUGUGACUGUCAGCGUGACAAAUGAUUAUUUUUGAAUUUUUAUGAAUGUAGUUUCAAGUGUCGAGGUGAUAUAUCUAAACCGAGGGAAGAAUUACACAAUUAUCAUAAUAAUACUGUGAAUGAUUGAGUGUAUACACGUUUAUUCUGCCUCGCUGAGUUAUAUUGGUGAUAUCAAUUACGAGAAUGCGCACGUAAUCCAGUGACAGGUGUGCUGUGUUGACAGAAGGAUAAACAAAUAGCUUUUGAUCGGUGGAUACGAUUGGUGUAAUCAGAAUGACAGACAUGAUUGACCUAAGGAUGCAUCAGCAUAUUGCACACGAGAUCUACCGGCAGCAGAUGCUGCAAAGGAUUCCUGAUCCUUUUCCAUCGAUGCUGCCGGUUCCGGUGCCGCCGAUGCAUGCGAUGGCUCUGCCGCCGCGCUACUCGCUGCCCGGCGUGGAGAUGAAACUGCAAAACAAGGACCUGUGGCGGGAGUUUCACAAGAUCGGCACCGAGAUGAUCAUCACCAAGUGCGGAAGGCGAAUGUUCCCCUCGAUGCGCCUGUCCAUCAACGGGCUGGAAGCGGACGAGAACUACUGCGUACUGAUCGAAAUGAUUCCGAUCAGCGACUGCCGCUUCAAAUUCAGCGGUUCCCAAUGGGUGCCGGCCGGUGGCGCCGAACCACAGAGCCCCCAGCGGAUGUACCUGCAUCCGGACAGUCCGGCGCUGGGGUCACACUGGACAUCGCAACCGGUGGUCUUCAACAAGGUCAAGCUGACGAACAACACCCUGGACAGUAACGGACAUAUUGUCCUCACCAGUAUGCACAAGUACCAGCCCCGCAUUCACAUCAUCAAAACGUCGGACCCUUCGCAGAUCCCGUGGUCACCGCAGUCGGCCUUUACCUUCCCGGAGACCGAAUUCGUCGCCGUUACCGCUUAUCAGAACGAUCGUAUCACCAAGCUGAAGAUCGACCACAACCCCUUCGCGAAGGGAUUCCGAGAAACCGGUCAGUCCCGCUGCAAGCGGAAAGCGGGCCUCAUGAGCAACUCCCGCUCGAUCGACGACUCCGAAGAAUCCGGAGGCGAAUGCGGACCCGAACCCAAGCGCCAACGAACCCACAGCGGCUCCCUGGACGACAGUGACAUCUCCGUCAGCGACAGUUCCAGCAGUGGCACCAGCUCUCCGGUCAACGUGGACGACCUGCACCACCAUCGAAGUCCGUGCCCGUCAACGCACGAAGACUUCCUCCGGGUUACCCACCCUUACCAACAGAUGCUGAACCCUGCCAUGGCCGCUGCCGCCGGAUGGAUGGACCUUAUGCUACCGUACUUCCAGCAACCUCACCACCCCAUCUCCCCCGCCACCCAUCCUCUGCACCAUUUCAAACGCGACUUCCCCGUGCUACCCGUCUCCCCCAAAGCCCUCGAACGAUCCGUCGAAUCCUCGGCGUCGAAGAAACUCGGCUUCAGCAUAUCCGCUAUUCUCGGCUACGACCGGUAAACCCAUGGCACCCUCGCGCUCGUAAAAGGUGUUAAUCACGGCCGCGAGGGGACUGCGUCCAAUGCAACUCAAGAGACUGUAUCGCGUAUAUUGUACAGAGACCGUACCGUCGUCGUCGUCACAGGAAAGAGCAAAUCACAAAACGAAAAAGAAAAUAAAAACGGGUGUAAAUUAGUUCCUCACACAUUCACACCUGGAUGCGAUCUGGUGGCGUGCUGGUCUGGCCUGGUCGCCAUCUCCGCGCCCGGUGCAGUUCGUCGGAAUGGAGGCAUUUAAAUCCCUCCGGGACUCCGGGUCCCGUCGUCGCCGUCCGAUGAUGGUGGGUGAUGGCUAUGCAAACAGCGUGCACCGGCGUCGGCAGCGACGAAGGGGACAAGAAUAAUCCCGUUUGUGCGAGUGAGUGGCCACCAGUUGCCACACCACAGUCAAGAAUCGGUGCCAUUGUAGCAGCGGCGCAGCCAGCAUCUCGAGUAGGUGAUGAAUGUGUACCUUUCUGUUUCCAUCUCUCUCUUUCUUCAGUUGGGCAUUCAGCUCUGCUGUUGAGCUCGUUUUCUCUUGUUUAUGUAGCGUGUGCAAUUAUGAGCGAGGACAAACACAGAACAGCUUGGAAAAGAUGCUUGAAGAUUAGAAGAUUUCCCAAAAAGUGUGCAAGAUGAAUAGCUUGUAAGAACUGCUGGCAAAAACCAUAAUUGUUAAUUAUUUGUAGAAAUGAGAGGGAAAACCGAAAGUCAAGUGAGUACUGCUUAUCUUAUAGGUAGAUGCAUUUGUAGAUAGUCUAUAGUUGGGUAAGAAUGGAAUGCGUUUUUUAUGUGUGUUUGUGUAAAAUUUGAGACUUCGCAGGUAAUCGCAUUAAGCUUUAUUUUUUAAAAAAGAAAUCACCUCAAAGAAAACAGUACGAUUGUAAGAAUUAUUGUUUGUUAUUGUAACAACCGAAGACAAAGAGACUGUAAAUUAAAAUA